UCGGAUUGUGAAUUGAAUUCUAUAUCUGAUUAAAGUCUGCAUUUAACGUGCUAUAAUUAAUUAAAAGUGUAUGAAAACGCGAUAAAGCUGUGUCUGGGACAUUAAUUCAACUAUUAAAAAUGCGGUUCGCAAGCCGCACACCGAAAUAAUCUCGAUUUUAUCAAAUAACAAAAAAUCUUUCAAUAUAAAGUCAUAAAACAAAGACAAAACAAGGCAGUACACGCAGUUGACAAAAACUGAUCCUCAUCGACUUUCCAUUUCCUCAAAAAGUGAAAUUAGACGGUUUAAACAUUAUUAAAGUAAGAGAAAUAAAUCCACAGACUUCAAAUAUGUCGUCAUCAAGUGGAAAAAGAAAAGAAAUCUACAAAUAUAUAGCACCGUUUCCGCUAUAUUCAAUGAAUUGGAGUGUUCGUCCCGAUAAACGGUUUCGACUAGCACUCGGUAGCUUUGUCGAGGAAUACAAUAAUAAAGUCCAAAUUAUUAGUCUCGAUGAAGAUACGAGUGAAUUUAGUGCUAAAUCAACAUUCGAUCAUCCAUAUCCAACAACAAAAAUCAUGUGGAUUCCCGACUCGAAAGGAAUUUUUCCAGAUCUGCUAGCAACAAGUGGCGAUUAUCUUCGUAUUUGGCGUGCUGGUGAGCCAGAAACUCGAAUGGAAUGCGUACUAAAUAAUAACAAAAACAGUGACUUUUGUGCACCGCUUACAUCAUUUGACUGGAAUGAAGUCGAUCCGAAUCUCAUUGGAACAUCAUCUAUUGACACAACAUGCACGAUAUGGGGCAUUGAAACUGGUCAACCUUUAGGACGUGUAAAUCUCGUUGCAGGACAUGUUAAGACACAGUUAAUUGCUCAUGAUAAGGAAGUCUAUGAUAUAGCUUUCUCGAGAGCUGGUGGUGGACGUGAUAUGUUUGCAUCUGUUGGCGCUGAUGGAUCUGUGAGAAUGUUUGAUUUAAGACACUUGGAGCAUAGCACAAUAAUUUAUGAAGAUCCCGGUCACACUCCGUUGCUCCGUCUUGCAUGGAAUAAACAAGAUCCAAACUACUUAGCAACAGUGGCAAUGGAUGCAUGCGAAGUAGUCAUUUUAGAUGUAAGAGUUCCAUGUACUCCAGUUGCAAGACUUAGUAAUCAUCGUGCUUGCGUUAAUGGAAUCGCGUGGGCUCCACAUAGUUCAUGUCACAUUUGUACUGCUGGAGAUGAUCACCAAGCGUUAAUUUGGGAUAUACAACAAAUGCCACGACCAAUUGAAGACCCAAUACUAGCCUACACAGCAGCUGAAGGAGAGGUGAAUCAAAUUCAGUGGGGACCGACCCAACCAGACUGGAUCGCAAUUUGCUACAAUAAGAGUUGCGAAAUUUUACGAGUUUAGACAAAAUACAGAACGGAAUGAUUUUAAGACAAAGACAUGGAUGCUAUUUCUUAAGUGGAAGGGAUUUUUUCGAAACAUUUUUUAAUACAACUGUCUAAUCAAUUAGACUCUUUUCUUUAACUUUAAGAUCUAUAGAAUGUUUUUGUUUCUUUUUUACAUGUUCAGACAGAAAGUGAAUUGUGUACAGGUCAGAAUUAAGUGGCAAGCUGAUUGCCAUUCAAGUUUUUGUCUUGUUAGGAUUAGAUAUCGUAGAUGCAUCAUUAGAAAUUAAAUUUCUCAUGAUUUUACAUCAUUUUAUGACUCUUAAAGUCCAUAGCUGUGUCCUUCUAUGGUCUACAUUACUUAAUUAUAAAAAAGUUUAAUUUAUUUCGCAUCACAAUCAACUCUUUCAUACUUUUAAUCUUAAUUUAACUUAAUAAUAAGAACUAUUAUUAACUUAUGACGCAAU